AUGGAUCAUCACAACAACCCUCAGAGUCACAUAGACGACGCUCUAUUAGACGUUCUCGCCUCUGCGUUCAUCGAUUUUGAUCAGGACGGGCUACCCAUCAAUUCCUUAAGUACUCAACAACAAUCUAAUAUGUUGAAUACCACUGACCACGCAAAUUCCUCAAAUCCCUUGACCAACCCACCACAGUUUCCGAAUCAAGGAUUCCAAUCUUCAAGUAAUCUUGCUACAUCUAUUCCAGAUAUCACCUAUACUCACCAGGAACUCGAAAAUCUCGAUUUUGGCUUCCCGGAUUUCGGAGAAGCUCAUCCAAAUCUUAGUAACUCAUACACAUCUCAGCCAAGCUCUUGGUCCCAAGGUAGAACAUAUUCUCAAGCAGAUAUCCAAGUCCUCGGUUCACAAGCCUCAAGCUCUGGAGGGAUUUCAAAUCAACCUUCAAUGAGUGGACCUGCUCAGCAAAGCUCUCGAAUGCCUCCAGUCCCUGAGAUGGCUCGAUCUUUUUCGUCCAACCAAGGAACCGGGUUCCCCACAGAUACUCAAUUCGUCAACAAUCCGCUCCAAUUCAACUCCCAAACAUACGGUUCACAAGCCUCAACAUCCAGGAUUCCCUCCAAUGAGCCUUUAGUAGGUAACUCUGGCCAAAAUCUUCACGGUGUUGGAUCAAAUACUAACCAAUCCAACCUCAACCUACCUGUCCCAAGUGAGUUACGUGGUACAACUCCUCUUCUUGGUACAUCCGUUCCAACCUCAAUUCAUGAUGCUUUAAGACAGGCUGUUGAAGGAUACCUCACAGAAAAGCGUGCAGUGGAAGUCAAAAUCUCUCGAACUCUUUUCGAUAUCAUCAAAACAUAUGGAGCCGGUCCAGAUGUCAUAGAACAAAUUCUCAAUGAUCUUCGAAAGCUUCUGACUGAUGAUAAUCCAAAUCAAUUCAAAUUUACCAAUCCAACUGAAAAACCCUCGACUGAAGAAAAUUCCAAAUCAAACAAAAAGAGAAAAGUAAACUCAAUAAGAGAAUCGUCAAUCACCGAAAGUCAAACUUCAGAAAGUGAUCCUCACAGACCAACAAGAGCCAAGAGAACUGGAAUCAAGAAUCCCAUCGUUGGCGGAAAGGCAAAGUUAGGUAGACCACACAAAGACUAUACUGCUGCUCAAAGGGCUAAGAUAGAGCAAGCCAAGGCGGAAAAAGAGGCAGGUGCUUCUGAAACUCAUCAUCCUCAAGCUGGUCCUUCAAAUUCUGUUCAAACUGAUAACUAA